UCCGGCCCGGUUAUGGAUCGCGGAGCAGGUGGAGGAAACUCCAGCCGCCUCCACGCUGUCUGAUUCCCGGGGCCACUCUGUCCAGGUGGCUCCCGGGCUUGGGCGAGCGGGGCACGGCGCGCAGCCAGGACUCCUCGGACUCUGACCCGAGCAGAAGCUCACUGCUUGCUUGCCGGGCAGUGGUUGUAGCCGCUCCACAGAUGAGGCUGAGCCACUGGGGAAGAUGGUGGACCACUUGGCCAACACGGAGAUCAACAGCCAACGGAUCGCGGCAGUGGAGAGCUGCUUUGGGGCGUCAGGGCAGCCACUGGCCCUGCCAGGCCGGGUGCUGCUAGGUGAGGGUGUGCUGACCAAGGAGUGCCGCAAGAAGGCCAAACCACGCAUCUUCUUCCUCUUCAAUGACAUCCUGGUGUAUGGCAGCAUCGUGCUCAACAAGCGCAAGUACCGCAGCCAACAUAUUAUUCCACUGGAGGAGGUGACAUUGGAGCCACUGCCAGAGACCCUGCAGGCCAAGAACCGCUGGAUGAUUAAGACAGCUAAGAAGUCCUUUGUGGUGUCAGCUGCCUCCACCACAGAGCGCCAGGAGUGGAUCAGUCACAUUGAGGAGUGUGUGCGGCGGCAGCUGCUGGCCACCGGCCGCCAGCCCACCACGGAGCACGCAGCGCCCUGGAUCCCUGACAAGGCCACGGACAUCUGCAUGCGCUGCACACAGACACGCUUCUCAGCCCUCACCCGGCGCCACCACUGCCGCAAGUGUGGCUUUGUGGUCUGCGCUGAGUGCUCCCGUGAGCGCUUCCUACUGCCACGCCUCUCACCUAAGCCACUGCGGGUCUGCAGCCUCUGCUACCGGGAGCUGGCUGCCCAGAAGCGGAAGGAGGAGGAGGCAGAACGGGACAGGGGCUCCCCAGGACAGCUGGCCCACCUGGGUGGGGCUAUCUGUGGAGCAUCCAGUGGAGAUGACGAUGACUCCGAUGAGGACAGGGAGGGCAGCAAGGAUGGCGACUGGCCCAGCCGCGUGGAGUUCUACACUUCAGGUGUCUCCUGGUCAGCCUUCCACAGCUGACCCUGGCCAGCUCCAUUGCUCAGGCCCCUAAGAGGGCAGUGAUACCCCCUAGGACCUUGCCCGAAGGUAGGGGUGGCUCUUUCCCUCUGGAUUCCCAGUGCCUUUUUCCUUGACAUUGGCAUCUCUUGAGGCCCCCUCAGUUCCACUUUUCACUUAACAAGCCCCAUAUCACUAGAUCUCUUAGGAAUAAAUGCCAUUUUUCAGCUCUACAUGCUUCAGCUGCAGCUCCAGACAACCCCUUGAAUGCCAGGUGCCCGGGCAUUUUAGGGACCAGAGAGGGAUUAGAAACACAAAGGAAAGACAUGUCGAUAGUGAGGGCCCACUGCACCAAGGUCUGGCUGCAGAACCUCACCCCAACACCCCUGAACAAGCCUACCCCAUGGAAGGGCAUCAAUCUAGGGAUGCCUACAGGAAACCAAGGCCUGCCCACCAGCAUGCUGGUGCCCACCUGGCAUCUGGGCCCUACCAGUCCAGGGGCUCACCUAAGCCAGACAAGAGACUGUCAUGUUAUGAGAGCCUGCCAGGCCCAGGGACUGCCGCCUGAGCCACUGCCCAGGGCAGCCUAAUAAGGAUUCUGCCCUGUCUUCCCUCCUUCCAGCUGUCUGAUGGUUCUCUUUGUCCUGUCCCCAUGUCUCCCUGCAGCCAAUGAAAGCAGUGUUUUCGGUUAGGACUCUUUAAAUUGCAAUGACAGAAACCCUAUCCUGACUGACUUACUAAUAAAAAGGUUUACUGAC